CAUUUACAACAAUCAUCUUUUAUCAUCAGCAUAGUCUCAACGACAUGGGCGCUUAUCUGCAUGACGUGAUGAUGCCACCGGAUGUCACAAUUUUAAGUGUUCAUUAGUUAGUACAGAUUCACAUAUCAUCGACCCUGGGUUUUCAUGUGAUUUACUUCGUUGUGUAAUUUUAUAGUGUGUACAAUUAAAUUUAAUUAAGUAGAUAUAAUAAUUAGAAAGUUAUUUAUAUCGUAAAUGGGGAACACACAAAUAUAAAGGAUCAACAUGGUUUGAUUUUUUUUAAAUAUUUUUAAUUAACAUUUUAUUUAUUAAAUUUCAUAAUUUUGCAUAAAAACUGAAUUUGUUUUAAAGCCUUAUAUUUUUCUGGAUUUACAUUUUCCCAGGAACAUAUAAACAGCUUAUUCACCCCUACAACAUAAAACAGGAGAAACCGUUAAUUUCAUCUCGCCCCAUGUCCCCAAGACCAACCUUCUCCGUUAUGGACAACUUUCUCUCAGGAAACCAUCCUCAUCAUCAUCACAAUCCAAACAGUCAAUCUCCUCAUCCUGUUGUCCCACCACCACCUCCUCCCCCUCCUCCGACCCAUCAUCUUCACCCCCAACCACACCCGGGACCCUCCUUGGUCCCCCUUCAUCAUCGCCCCAUGGUCGGUGGUCACCACUCGCCAACAGCGCCUCCGAACUCAGCCCAAUCAUCCCAACUGUGGAACUCCUCCCACAGGAUCUCAACCUCUUCUGACGGAAAUCUCAACAAUAAUGGAAUCCACCAGUCUCCCUUUGCCCCAGGAGGAGGAACGGAAGCCUUGUUGGCCUUCCCAUCCACCACUGGGGGAGGACAAGGAAUGACCUCAUUGCCCCCAUAUUUGUACCCACCUCCUUCCACUUACCAAGGGGGACCACCUCAUCCUGGCAGAUAUGCACCUGGAAAUGCUAACACUUUCUCCUCGGCUCCAUUGACCGCUACCCAAACAUACCACCAACUCGCAUCAUAUACAAAUCCCAACCAACAUCCUCAUCACUAUUACGCACACGAUAAGCAAGAAGGGGUCGUCCUCAAGCCCCCAUUACCAGCAAACAGCUACUUGCUUAAUGGUCAAUUUGUCGCUACAGCUUCCAAUUUUGACUUGCAUUCAAAUCCCGGAAAUUCAGACAAAUCUCAUUGUAACUCGAAAUUAGACAUCGGAGGUGGAAAGCAGUUGGAAGAAAUCAGUGGAAACUGGCUCAGAAAUCAUCAGAGUUCAUCAGGGGCACAGGUGUCAUUGAAUUUAAACCCAAAACCAAUUUCCUUAUCCACUACCCAUCAACCACCCUAUUCCAACUUUUAUGAGAAAGUUCAUAGGGGAGACGAGGACUCGCAGUGUUCUACGAACGAGGAGAGAACUCAUCAAGAUCGAGGGGAUGGCAUUUCAUCCCGGAGCUCGUCCACAGGUUCAAGCAACAACUCAUUGUUGUCGACGUCUGGUGCUGCCCCUCACUCGCAAUGGGGGUCCUUGUCAUUCUCCUCCACAUCAGUCUCAUUUACUCAGCAGUUGACAUCCUUGCAUGGUUCCUUCGCCAACCAACAGCACCACCACCACCACCAAGGAAGCGGUGGGGUCGGAAUUUCACCGACGGUGACCCCUUCCUCCUCCUCCAACCCUACGACUGCAUCUUACCACCAGCGUCGAGGUUCACUUCAGCUCUGGCAGUUUUUGGUCACUUUAUUGGAUGACCCGGCCAACAUUGCUUGCAUUUCAUGGACCGGUCGUGGGAUGGAGUUCAAGCUGAUUGAGCCAGAAGAGGUUGCGAGACGCUGGGGUCAAAUUAAAAAUCGUCCUGCCAUGAACUACGACAAAUUGUCUCGUUCUCUUCGCUACUACUAUGAAAAAGGGAUAAUGCAGAAGGUGGCAGGCGAGAGGUACGUUUACAAGUUUGUGUGCGACCCAGAAGCAUUGUUCGCGUUGGCUUUCACUGCUGCGUCGUCGUCUUCGGCUUCAGCCUCAUCCACAACAGGAAAUGGUAACAAUGGAACGAACACUCCUUUGUCCAACUUUUCACCGGAAAUUUGUGGUGCUGCUGGCGAGGGUGGUGGUGGAGGCGGCAGUGGAACCGUCGCUGGAUUGAAUAUGAAUCAGCACAAUAUUAUUGGGGACAAUGUGGGGAAUUUGGGACAAAGUAGUACAAUUUCUAUUCCAACCUCAACUCCGGCAUACUUGACCGUUUCUCCUCAUGUUCCCGGAAGCGGAAGAGAUGUCCCAUUUUCUUUGGGCUUGAAGGAGCUCAACGAAGAGUUUCAUUAUAAUUAUGGUGGAUACUUUAAUCCUCACAACUUUAACUUUCACCAGAAUCAGCAGCAACAGCAUGCGAGUAAUAAUCAAGCUGGUGGUUAUCUGCCUACUAAUUCUCAUACAUCUCCAUACGGUGGUCAUUAUGCUUACGAAGACCUCAAUAGAUGCAGUUCCACAAAUGCGUCUUUAUCGCAUAUCGAUCAUACCAGGGGGAAAGAUGAGACGGACAGUGAAGACAACGCAGGAUCCUCAUCAUCAUCAAUCUCUACUAGUCCAAAUCUCACAAGGAAGAAUUUUCAAGGGGGUGGGGGCGUGGCUGGUGGAGAGAAUAUCCCAUCCAAUAGACGAUUUUUUAGCAGCAGUCAACAAACAAAACUAGUCGUACCCGUUGUAGAAAAUCGAGCCAGUUACAGACAAUCAUUUUCACUAGAGUUUAACACAAAUACUUCAAAAGGACAAACCAACAAGGAGAGAAUAAGGGAAAAGGACUCCUCAGGGAUAACUGCGAAUAAUAACAAUAACAACAAUAAUGAUGAUGAAGAUAAUGAUAAGUAUGAAUAGAUUAACAUGCUUCAUUUUCCUGCCAUCAUACAUGCAUAUUUAGUAUUUAGUAGAAUAAUAAUUUUGCAUAAGUAUGAAUUUUUUAGGAUACUAGCCAAAUCAUAGUAAAUCCCAAUUUGGCAGUUUUUACAACGAUCUAGGAUCUCUUCUAUGAUUUAUGAUCUCUUAUUUUUGUGUUCAAUAUACAUGCUGUUAAUCAUGAACUGUAUUAUAACUAGGCUUGUCGUUACAAAUAGUCAUUUUGUGUCUAAAUUUCCAUCUUUUCAAUAUUUCUAGAUAUUCUUUUGAUAUAAGAAAAUCUCAAAUAAACGAGCUAAUUAAUUUUUCAA